AGUGAAUCUGUGGGAAAUAGAAAAACGGUCCCUAGAAUGACAUAGAAGCGGGUGAGGUGGGGUAGACCGAGACACCGGGACUAACGCAGGACUCGACACCUAUUUGGCUUCAUCCAGGUGCAAAAGCACGUUAUCUUUGGAAGGCAUAAAGCACCGGGGAAAAUGCUGAUUAAAGAAUUUCGAGUGAUCCUACCGAUUUCUGUGGAGGAGUAUCAGGUCGGGCAGCUGUACUCAGUAGCGGAGGCCAGUAAGAAUGAGACGGGUGGAGGAGAGGGCGUUGAGGUCCUGAAGAACGAACCCUACGAGAAGGAUGGAGAGAAGGGACAGUACACACACAAAAUCUACCACCUGCAGAGUAAAGUCCCGUCAUUUGUACGAAUGCUUGCACCAGCAUCAGCACUGAACAUUCAUGAGAAAGCUUGGAAUGCCUACCCAUACUGCCGCACAGUAAUUACUAAUGAGUAUAUGAAAGAAAACUUCCUCAUCAAGAUCGAGACGUGGCACAAACCCGACAUGGGACAGCAGGACAAUGUUCAUGGGCUAGACCCAGACACCUGGAAGAAGGUGGAGGUGGUGUACCUAGACAUCGCAGACCGCAGUCAGGUGGAGCCAAAGGACUAUAAACCAGAUGAAGACCCCACUAAGUUUAAAUCUGUGAAGACUGGAAGAGGGCCGCUCGGUCCGGAUUGGAAGAAAGAGCUACCUAAAAGGACAGACUGCCCACACAUGUGUGCCUACAAACUGGUUACUGUCAAGUUCAAGUGGUGGGGCCUGCAAAACAAAGUGGAAAACUUUAUUCAAAAGCAAGAGAAGCGCUUGUUCACUAAUUUCCACCGGCAGCUGUUCUGUUGGAUUGAUAAAUGGAUCGAGCUGAACAUGGACGACAUCCGCAGAAUGGAGGAAGAGACCAGGAGGGAACUGGAUGAGAUGAGAGUGAAGGAUCCAGUGAAAGGCAUGGUGGCUCUUGAAGACUGAAGCUGCUACGUGUUCCUGGAUGCUGCUGUUCAUAAAGAUCAGACCUGAACUACUGGAGACCAGCAGCAUCCCUCCCCUCAAUCAAAUCAAAGCAACAAGUCUUUUUAAUCGUAAUCAAAGUCCUUCAUCCAGCCCUUUUGGUGCAGUUUGUCCUGAGCAUCAUUCAUAUCCUCCUUUCAGUCUGACAGUGGAGCACAUUGACUAGUUAAAUAUGCUAUUAUACCGGUUCUAACGUCAUGCCCAGUUUAUGAAGUCUACCUACUUAAACAAAUACAGGGACGAUCAGCAGUUCGUCAUUUAUGAUGUCAGAUCAUUACCUUAAUAAAUGGAGCUCGGCAGAAUUGUGUUUUAAGAUGAGUUUAAUGUAAAGCAGAUGAUAUUUGUGUGUAUAUAUAUUCAGAAUAUCUAUUGGCAGUGGAAUUAUUGUGACAGAUGUAUAAACAGGGUUUUUAAGUAAUUGUUCUCCUAAUUUUUUUUUUUUGUGGACCAAGCCGGUUUUCCUUGGUUUGUUUUAAUCUGUAGUGAUUUGUUUUUGUUGCUUUAUGUUUUAAUUUCAUUUUACCCAUUUUUUAACCUAUUUACCAGCUGAUCCAAGGUGUAAGUGUGUCUCUUUAUAGUGUAGUACUGUACAAUCACAGUCGUGUCAUCCUGACCAUUAAUUUAUUUGUAACAUGCAUUAUGGACUACAAGUACAGUUCAUAUUUAAAUGCAAAACACAGUUUAUUAUAAUCAGCUGAUCGAACAGUAUCACAUUCUUGAAAUAAGCUGAAGUCAAAAGUAUUGUUGUUUGUUAAUCAAUCAAUAUUAAUGGUUUCAUAGUCAUUUCUUCCAGUUUCCUUGUAUGUGCUAUUUUAGUCAAGCUAUUUUAUUUAUUUAUAUAAAAAAGACAGGUAUACAGUAGCUGUAGCGCGCCCUCCCUUGGUUGUUUUUGAUUGGCUUACAAGAUCAGGCUCCGCCCUUUUCUUUAGUCAGUGACUGACUGACUGUCUUUGAAAGAACUUGAAGAGGCGACACUAAACCUUUUAGUCUUGACAUCUUUCAUAAAAGGUUUAUUACUAAUAUAGAAAAGGUUUUUUUCCUGACUAUCUUGUCACCAGAUGAGGUGCUCAAGGAGGAUAUUUUACGUUAUGUGCAUAUUUUAUAAAAGUAUAAUUCAUUUUCGUCUCACCUCCUUUCCAUUUUAUUGAAGGAUCAAUUAUCGUACUUACCCUUUUAUAACAUGUCUUGAGGAUAAAGACACAUUUAUCCAGAUAUUAGCAAUAAUACCUCCUUUGACAAACCCUUCCAAUCAACAUACAUGAUGUGAGAUAGUGACUUUAGAAGUGUAUAAUCCAUUCCCUCUCAGAAUGUUGCGUCAUUAGGACUUUAAUACAAAUAUACUCUCACUUCCAAUCGCUCCUAGUUUUAUUGAUAUGGAAUCGGGUAAGGAAGGUGAAAUGGGUUGAGUAUGGGUUUUUAAAUCAGUCUUUUCUUAGUAACGUGAUGUGUGUAUGGAUGUAUGUGCGUUUGAAGUUCUCAGUGUUUCUUGUUUUCACGUGAGGGACAUCCGACAUGUAACUAAAAUGGAGGUUUACACCCUUGUGUUUCUUUCCGCCAAUGCUCAGGACCCAUUAAUGCACACCUAAAUUCAUUCUGACAAGAGUUAAAUUAUUCUUGUAGAAUUACAUCGAAUUCUUUGAAAUUCGUAGAAAUUCCAUUGAAUUCUUAAGAGAUGAAUGAAAGUUUUAUGGUGUAGACUGCACGUGUUAAAACAUCUUUACCGUCAUAAUACAACCAUCGAUACACCAAAACUGUGUUGGUCCUGAGUCUAAUCAAAGUGAUGUAUGGAUGUAUGUAUUGAAUUGUAUAUAGUAUAUAAAUAUAUGUAGAUGAACACAUAUACAUAUAUAUAUAUAUAUAUAUAUGACUAUAUAAAUAUAGCUCAGACUAUCCUGCCAGGCUAUCAGCACAUAAAGCCUUCCAUCAACCCAACCAGAGUAAUUAUAUCUAGUGGUUUAGUAAUGGCUGGGUGUUAUCUGUGGGAAAAGUUACUGGAAGGUGGUGAUUAAUGGUGGUUUAGGAAAUUAAAACUAGAUUUGAGCUAUUGAUUUGAACAAUCUAUAAGGGACCCUGCAGAUAACUCCGCCCAUCACUGUCACUGGCCCCGCCCCUCAUCCCUGGCCGCUCCUCUUUGGCAGGAUGGUGUCUAAAUAUGUUUUCAUUCAUCGAUUGUUGUUGUAUUUUUGCUGUGAGCCAUAGAAAUCUCUCACUUUCAAAUUCCUUUCAAAGCUUACACUGUGAACGAAGCCAUGGCCUUUGAACUUGAGAAAAAGACCCUUUCAGGAGGUUUUGGACUAGGUUGCCAUUCUUCUCUCGAUUGAAACUUGUCCAAGCUGGUGUUUGAAUGACAGACAGGUGGCUUAUAAAAGGGAACUAUCCAUAUGAACUGAUCAUCCACAGUUUGUGUUACCAUUAUGUGAGGCAGAUCAUGGUAAACAGGACUUUUUCUCAUAGAUUUGUUGUUGUUAGAUUUCACGAUUUGUUGUCGAAAUUAAAACCCAAUGAUUCUAGAAAUACAAAAAAAAAAAAAAAUGUUUUUUGAAUUUGUUUCACCCC